AUGGCCAACAAAAACAAUUCAACCACCAACAAUCAGCUACUGUUGAUUAACGAACAUCUGUUCUUAAGCGUCUAUACGGCUGGGACAAAUGUGAAAAAAUUCACCCAACAAGCAGACAAGAACAAUCAAACUUUCAACAUUUUGGAAGUGUGCAAAUUUGGUCUGCGUCUCGUUGAAAGCCGGACAUUGCCGUUGGAAGUUUGUGCUAAAAUUGUUUGCGGCAUGGGUCAAAUUCGCCUGUAUCACUUACAGAAGCUUUUUGCGGAGGUUACGUUUCUUGUCAAGAAGUAUACAUUGAAUCGGGCCAUCGAGUACGGACAAAAGGAUGUCGUAAUGAAGAUGCAAGUAGAUUGUAAAACGAAAGGCAAAAGAAGUGGUACUAAUAUUGCCAUCUCACCGGAUUCCGAUCUUGGCGUGGACCUGGACAUCAACGAGGAAACCGAAAAGGAGAUAAUCUUUUCGCUUGUGUCGUCCAAAAAUACUACCACGGUCAAAAACGUGCAAGACAUCACGUUGCGAGAUGAUCCACGGGUAGGAAAUUACAGUGUCCUAGAGUACGACCAGGACGAGGAUGACUUUGGUCCGCUUGCAUCGAACGAAAUGCUGGAUUUUUGCUCUGUAGAAGAUGAACUGCAACGGAACAACGAUCGGGUUGAUUCUGCGCUGGUAAAUGGAAAAUUGGCCAUCCUUCAGAAUGAGAUGGAUAUCGACCAACUGGUAAAACCCGAUCUCGAUGUACCAAAUGAUACGUAAGCAGAACUAGUACCACUGCAAGGCACACUGGAGCCUGUCCCAAUCCCGAUGGAACUAUCCAUCCUUGAGAAAGACACCCAGAUGAUAAUACCGGCACUGACUAACGAUGAAUCCUGUGAAGGCUCCAUUCCUGAUUUCUCGAAUGAUGAUGCAACUUCAAAGCUUUCCCUUCUUCCGAAGGAGACGAUUGUACAGCAAGAAACUGAAAUUGUAAAGAAUCCUGGCGACGCUUUACGCAAACGAUGUUUAGUAAUUAAUGCUCGCACGCAGAUCAGUUAUAACUGCAUGGAGCAAAGAAUUUUAAAUUGGCCAAUAAGUUUGGCCAAUCUGCAGCGACCCAAUCCAAAGGAAGAACUCAACGCAUUGCUGGCUAAAGUGCGCUUGCAAAAUCUCUUUACGAAACCGAUGCGUCCUUGGUUGUUUAGCUCUGCGUUUGAGCUACCGAAAUCGGUCAAGAGGAAAGCUUCGUUCGCUGAAUAUGACCUUUGCCGGACAAAGCGCCAUAAUGCGAAACGAUCAACUACAAACGAGGUGCCGACUCAGACUGUUAUUGAGAAGUCGCCUAUCGGCGGUGUGAACGAUCCGCCAAUCCACUCCCCUACCGAUCAAUCACAAUCCAUUACAACGGUUGAGCAUGUGCAAGAGUCAGAGAUUAAAAGCUUUCUUACCAGCUUUACGGGAAAUCCAUCAGAGUGGAACUUUCUGAAGAGCUGUGAUCCUUCGUCAAAUGAGCCGCAGAAACAGAAGAAAAACGAUCAGGGUGUAGUAACGCGCUACGCUGCCGUGAAGGUAUUGGAAUCGAUGUUCGAAAAUGAGCCAGAUAAUUCCGUCCAGUUCGAACUGUUGCAGAAAAAGAUGAGCAAUCGGCUAAUUGCCGCCUCACUUUUUGGAAAGCUUUUAGAUCUUUCAAAGGACAAGACCAUUAUAGUAUCGACGGACGAGCGUGGCAUACCCGUAAGGGUGCAAAAGUAUAUGAACUGGAAGGGUGCAUAA